CGGCGGCAGUCGGCAGGAGGAGCGGCGGCAGAGCGGGGCUACGGGCACAGCUCCGGCUCAGUGCGUACGAGGGGGGACGAGGGGAGGGGAGGAAAACAGGAGGAGGAAAAAAAAAUAUAGCCCGGAAAGCGACUUCUCCCUUCACCUGCGGCUCCGGUGGAGGUUUUCAGCCUCAGCUCCGGUCGGGGAAGGAGCGGAGUUGCGAGGCCAGCAUGGGCGGAGGGGCUGAAAGGGGCGGCUGCGCCCCGCGCCUGGAGCUGCUGCUGUUCCUGGGGCUGUGCGGCCGCGCUGCAGCGCUGAGAGGAAAUGAUAACAGCGAAGCCCUUCCCGAGUCCAUCCCAUCUGCUCCUGGAACACUGCCUCACUUUAUGGAGGAACCAGAUGAUGCCUACAUUAUCAAAAGCAACCCCAUCGUCUUACGCUGCAAAGCCAUGCCGGCCAUGCAGAUUUUCUUCAAGUGCAAUGGUGAAUGGGUCCACCAAAACGAGCACGUGUCGGAGGAAAGCAUGGAUGAGACAACAGGCCUGAAGGUUCGGGAGGUGUUCAUCAAUGUGACAAGGCAGCAGGUGGAGGACUUUCAUGGGCCAGAAGAUUAUUGGUGUCAGUGCGUAGCAUGGAGCCAUCUGGGGACCUCGAAGAGUAGGAAGGCGUCCGUCCGCAUCGCUUAUUUAAGGAAAAACUUUGAGCAAGACCCCCAAGGGAAGGAGGUUCCUAUUGAAGGGAUGAUUGUUCUGCACUGCCGGCCCCCUGAGGGUGUCCCUGCUGCUGAGGUGGAAUGGCUGAAGAAUGAGGAGCCCAUAGAUUCCAACCUGGAUGAGAACAUUGACACCAGAGCAGACCACAACCUGAUCAUCCGUCAGGCACGUCUGUCCGACUCUGGGAACUAUACCUGCAUGGCUGCCAACAUUGUUGCCAAGAGGAGGAGCAUGUCUGCUACAGUUGUGGUUUAUGUUAACGGCGGCUGGUCAUCGUGGACUGAAUGGUCCAACUGCAAUGCGCGGUGUGGUCGGGGCUGGCAGAAGCGAACGCGGACCUGCACCAACCCUGCCCCGCUCAACGGAGGGGCGUUCUGCGAAGGAAUGUCUGUACAGAAGAUCACCUGCACUUCACUUUGCCCUGUGGAUGGAAACUGGGAGGUGUGGAGUGAAUGGUCUGUGUGCAGCCCGGAGUGUGAGCAUUUGAGGGUUCGGGAAUGUAUUGCACCAGCUCCUCGAAAUGGAGGAAAGUACUGCGAGGGCCUGAGCCAGGAGUCAGAGAACUGCACCGAAGGGCUUUGCAUUCAAGAUAAAAAACCUCUUCAUGAAAUAAAAUCUCAAAAUAUAGAGACAGCCAGUGACAUUGCCCUGUACUCUGGCCUGGGAGCAGCAGUCAUUGCUGUAGCUGUGCUGGUGGUUGGUGUUACCCUUUACAGACGGAGUCAGAGUGAGUACGGCGUGGAUGUGAUUGAUUCAUCUGCACUGACAGGAGGCUUCCAGACAUUUAAUUUUAAAACAGUCAGACAAGGUAACUCCCUGCUUUUGAAUUCAUCCAUGCAGCCUGACUUGACAGUGAGCAGAACGUACAGUGGACCAAUCUGCCUGCAGGAUCCAAUGGACAAGGAGCUAAUGACAGAGUCUUCACUGUUUAACCCGUUGUCAGACAUCAAAGUCAAAGUUCAGAGUUCGUUCAUGGUUUCCUUAGGGGUGACAGAGAGGGCUGAAUAUCACGGAAAGGCACAUUCUGGAACUUUUCCCCAUGGGAAUGCUAGAGGCUUUGGAACAAUACAGGCUAGAAACAAGGCUGCGUAUAUUCAGAACCUGUCUUCUAUUUCAACAAGAAAUGAGCUGAAGACAACCGCCAUCUUUGGACACCUGGGAGGUCGUUUAGUGGUUCCAAACACAGGAGUCAGUCUGUUGGUGCCACAUGGAGCAAUUCCUGAAGAGAGUUCAUGGGAAAUCUAUCUUGCCAUCAACUCAAGAGAGUCCAGCCUACAGCCAGAAAGCCCAGAUGUCCUCCUAGGACCAGAAGUGACGUGUGGCCCUUCGGAUGUCUCCGUCAGCUCUCCAUUUGCCUUGACUAUACCACACUGUGCAGAAGUAAAUUCAGAGCACUGGAAUAUCCACUUGAAGAAAAGGACACAGCAAGGAAAAUGGGAGGAAGUGAUGUCUGUGGAAGAGGAAACUACUUCCUGCUACUGCCUGCUGGAUCCUUAUGCCUGUCACAUUCUCUUAAACAGCUUUGGAACUUAUGCACUUAUUGGAGAACCCAUUUCUGAGUGCGCUGUCCGACAGAUGAAAGUAGCGGUUUUUGGCUGCCUAUCUUGCAAUUCUCUGGAUUACAAUCUAAGAGUGUAUUGCAUGGAUAACACACCUUGUGCAUUCCAGGAAGUGGUUUUGGAUGAAAGGAUCCAAGGAGGACAAUUACUGGACGAACCCAAACUUCUGCAUUUCAAAGGGAAUACCUUCAGUCUGCAGAUAUCUGUCCUCGAUAUCCCUCCUUUCCUUUGGAGGAUCAAACCAUUCACUGCCUGUCAGGAGGUCCCAUUCUCCCGUGUGUGGUGCAGUAACCAGAAGCCGCUGCACUGUGCCUUCUCCUUGGAGCGUUACACUCCUGCAACCACACAGCUGUCCUGCAAGAUCUGCGUCCGGCAAGUCAAGGGGCACGAGCAAAUCCUACAGAUCCAGACAUCCAUCCUCGAGAAUGAAAGAGAAACCAUUGCUUUCUUUGCACAUGAUGACAGCAACUUCCCUGCACAGAUGGGUGCAAAAGCAUUUAAAAUCCCAUACUCCAUCAGACAAAGAAUCUGCGCAACGUUCGACACACCCAAUGCCAAAGGCAAAGACUGGCAGAUGCUAGCACAGAAAAACAGCAUCAGCAGGAAUCUCUCCUAUUUUGCCACACAAAGCAGCCCAUCUGCAGUCAUUCUGGACCUCUGGGAAGCUCGACACCAACAUGACGGUGACCUCGACUCCCUCGCCUGUGCCCUGGAAGAAAUAGGAAGGACACACUCUAAAAUCUCAGACAUAACAGAAACUGAGAUGGAGGAGCCUGAUUUCAACUACAGCAGACAGAAUGGACUUUAGUCCUUCCUUUCCAUUGAAGAACCGAUGGCCAGCUGACUUUCACACCUGAAAAUCUCUUUGGCAGGGAGGAAAUAAGGGUUUCUGCACACUGCCCAAAGAAGCAGACGCGUCUCCACAGUGCCGUUUUCAGUUGGAGGAGCAGAAGAAGCCCUAUUAAAAAUCAUCUCCGUAAUAAGGAAAACAAGCUGUCCCUGUGCUACAGUCCUCUUUCAUUUAAAAUUCAUGGUUCAGAUUCAAAAACAAGACUGCAACAUCAAUCAUUCCCAGGGGCAAGAAGGAGCGAGGUACAGAGCUGUGCAAGGUAAAUAUUAUGACAUCCUCUAUUUAGAAAACAGUGAUGCUAAAGAAGAAUACAAUGCCUACUAAAAUGCAAUGCCUAGUGCUAAGCAGUGGAUAUUUAGAGCCACUAGAGGUUAAUCUCGGUGUAAGGGUUUGUGUUCUUGGGGCCCUGAGUCCCCUUUGUGCUGUGUUUCCAACUUAACACACCUGAAAAGUGGAUGUAAAUGCCGUUUGCUAGCAACGUGUUGACUCUGUGCAUUUGCUGUAACUUAGCUAAAGGACAGCUGAAAAUCUGACCUUCUCCUGUUCAGAGAUUUGAGGAAUGAAUAGAUUGUAUAACUAUUUAACAGAUAUCAGUUGUCACCCAAACAAUUCCUUUUACAAGUUCAGUCAAUGAAUGUAGCCUUGCUGCAGAUUCUUCUUCCCGUUCUAAUAACAAAAGCAGAACGAAGCCCUUCUCUGUGCAAUCCAUGUAUAACCAAUGCCCUAAGGAUCUCCACUUGUAGAAUUUCACUAGGUCCAAACUUGUUUCUUUGGUUGUUUAAAUCCAGCUCCAAAUAGAAUGCAGGAGAUUGCCAGCCCUGCUUUAGCAGGCUUACACUGAACUGAAAGCUGGAGGCGAAUUCAAUCUGCGCAGCUUAAUUCUGGUUUAGGUUCAGACCAACAGAAUAACCCCCACCUACUGCUGCCAGAAAUUGGCCUGAUUUACUGUAUAGUUUGUGUGUUGUGCAGGAGAUAGAGCUGGCUGCAUUACCUUUGGCCUGUUUACCACCACAUCCAGAACAAAGCAGGUGAAUUCUCAUCGCUUUUUACCCAUCUCAUGCAAAUAUAAUUUAUUACUUCAACUGAACCAAAAAAGAGCUGUCACUGUGAGUCAGCAUCCCGGCACAACUGGUACCAAACCAAAUACAACCAGUGUUUGCACUCGUGUAGUCUUUGAGAAUUACCCAUAGUACUUGUAUUGGGCUGAGAGCAACAUGACAGGGCAGGUAGUUAGUGGGGAAAACCAUAUUUAUCCAAAAUCAUUUCUUCAUCUGGGAUCCCAGAUCUGAACAGUACAAUCAAUAGCCCUCAAUGGCCAAUUCCAUGGCUUUCCCAGCUUGGCAGGCUGUGCAGUCAGACUGACUUACAAACACUUGGACUUUCCCAACCAUUUUUUAACGUUAGGAUUUCAUGCAGUCUGACAUCAGCACUCCUGUUUGCAACGUGAACCCAUAACUGCUGCAAGCAUAUUUAAGACUGAGACAAAAAUACCAGCUAAGCUGGCAGCAAGCUGUCACUUUCCUCAGCAGCACAUGGCUCUGUCUUUGAAUUAUAUUUGUAGUGACUUCCAUUCCUCCUCCCCAGAAACUUAUUUUUCAUUGGACAAAACAUCAUGAAUAAGAAAAAAAUAAAUAGAGAAUGGCAUCCAUAGAAAAGCAAUGGAAUUUUAGUGAGCUGCAGUUGUCUGGGAAACCCACUACAGUCUCUCUCCAGCAGUUAAUUUGUUCUCAGCUUCUCCUCAGAUGCAGUUUGAAUUUGGUCACUGCUUUUUCAAUCUAACUCCCAUUUGCUACCCCAACAAAGUCCCUGUGCAUCCCCUACAGAGCUCUGUGUGGGUCUGCUGAGCCACACGUGGGGGUCAAACACUGCAGAGCUCAGCCCUUAGAGCAUCACUCAAUGCUUGCAUCCUGGAUUGGGGUAGAUGUGAGAAACCACCCAGCUCUGCCUGCCCUGUACUUGUGCAGCAGAGAGAAGCCAGAUUUGUCCAGGCUGAUUUCUUCCAACCUGCAGAUGGGUUGUAUACCAAAAUCCACAUCCAACCCCCAACUCCUAUGAAGUCUCCCCUCUGAGUUACGCACUGAAAGGAAUAAAUGUCACUUUUUUACAAUGCUGGAACAAAAGCUGUUCAGUUUUGGGCCCCGAGGUAAGAUUUCAAUUUUGCUUUACUCAACAGAGAGCUGUUGUUCUGUUUCCUGGCUAUUGUUCAGUUAUACCAAAGCAGAUUCUUUGCUGCUCGCCUUCCUUUUGUGCAUCUACACACUGAGAACUGACUUGUAACCUAGUAUUGUUUUCAUGACCUUUAGUUGUUUAAAUGGACUAGAAAUGCUAGAAUAAUAUUUAUCUCAUUGGAAAGGAAUUUGAAACAGGAGCUGGACUACCAGCCUAUACUUUGUAUUGAUCUGGCUGUACUGCUGUGUUGUAUAGAUCUGCCAUACUAUAUCAUACAAAACAUCCUUUUAACCUUACAGUGUGACCAGGACUGAAAGUUUAGGGAAGUGGUCUAAGAAAUGAGCUCAGUAUUAAAGGACUUCUUCAGUCACUCCAUUGCUGCUAUCUGAUAGGCAAGCAGCCUCAAACCCCCCAUUUCUCACCAUUCACACACUCAGUAUCAGUCACAGAGGACGAGGAUCUUGCUGGAGCAUAAAGAGUGCAGCACUCCUGGGAUACAGUAACUGACUUUGCUGUGCCAGUCACUCCAGCUAAUGCAUCAUCAGAGAGGAUGCGAUUGCCUGAACAUGCAGAAAAUAGAAUGGUGAGGAAAAACCCAUGUAGCUUAAAGAUAAGCAUGAGAGGUGGCAAAAAGCACGUCAUACCAUGAACAUUUUCCAUAAAGAGGAAAUUGUUCUCCCUGAUGACGCUGGGCAUAGUGGGCAGCAAUCAGACAACACGUAUUUAAGUCAGACUUCUGAGAUCUCUGUUCCCUUUUCUCCCACUCCUGGGAACUUUGUAUUUCUUCUAUCUUAGAUAUCUGCUGCAGAUAUGGCUGUUUUCAGAUGCUCCCUUUCUGUUGUUUUAUGUUAGCGUCAUGGGAUGAUAUUAAUAAAACUUAGCACUUUAAUUAUAGAGAGUUUGCACCACUUCUCCUCCCUUCUUCCUGUGCUGUCCCAGUUUUAGAGAGAGAGAAAUGUUAACAUUUGAGGGGAAAUGGCUCUGAUACCAUUUAAACAAGGCAGCCGUAAAUGGGUUUUGUUACCAUUAACAGACAGCGAGGCAAUACAACAAGAGAUGUUAAAUGGUGCUUUGCUUUCUCUAUUUUACACUAAAACAAAGCUUUUCUCUCCACCAAAGGCUGCUGCAAGGAUGCUCUGCAACACAGUAUUCUCUCAGAAUAAGUUAGUGUGCAAAUAUUAUAUAAAUAGAUUUGUUGACAAGGAUUCACAAUCUUAAUGUUCCAGGAACGUAUUUUUAACAUCCAGAAAUCCAAAUUUGAUUCUUUUCCUCUAUUUUAGAAAUUAUGACCUCUGAAAAAUAACAGAAGCCUCCUUGCAAACCAAAAGGCAGCAGAGAGAACUGCAGUGCUGCACAUUGGAGGUGCCACUGAGCUCCCAUGGUGACACAGCCCUGCUGGCUUCACAGCACCAACCUGCUCUAUUUGCUACAGUUCUGUGCUGUGACCCCUUUACGACUAAUAGUUAUAUAUAUAUUUUUAAUGACUUUAAACACUUUUUUUCACUUUCCCAAAGCUCAUUUCCAGCUUUGCAGCGCUGCUUUUGCAGCCCUGUGGUUUACAUUACAUACGUUAAGCCACAAAGGAAAAAGUUGGACACUGUGGGUUGACAUCCUAACUUCAUUUACUAGAGCAAGUGCCACAAAACCACCAUGCACUCCCACAAAAAUGUUAUUGGGCAUUUUAUAACAGAUGGAAAGAUAUCAAUGCUAUUCUCUUCAAGUACAGAGAAGUAUUAAAGUAUUGCUGUUAUUAUUUUUAUCCCUGGCAACAGCUGCUCCCCCCCAGGCCUUGCAGGCUGUGAGCAUGAGGAGGGGCUCCUGGCCAGCCCACCCCUUAGCACUGCCCUGCAGCCCAUUCCUUUCAUGCCACUUGGAUGGAAGACAUCUCUGUGAGUAGGUUUUAACACAUUCUAGCUAUUAUUUCCCACUAGAAAAAAUUCUGUGUGGAUACAGUGAAGCAAAAAUGAACAACAAACUAUUGGGGCAGUUCUCAUCAUCCUCUGGGUUUGAGUUAAUGAAACACAGACCUGAAGCAAAUGACUGCGUUCCAUCUCAGAUGGUAAUGGACUGAAUGAAAGCAGAACCAUAUCCAAGUCUUUAAACAACUGUGAAUGAGCUGCAGGUCUGUCCUUCCAGCCUUUUCUAUGCUGAGCUCUAUGCAGGAAGCCCUCACAUCUUACACAGCAGUAGAGAUGGUUGAUGCUAUUGGCCAAGAGCUUCUUUCAUGGUAAACCUGCUGAAAAAGUGUUUUCUGUGGGUUGUUCACGUGUGAUAUGGGGAAAUUAUUCCCUUGGCACCAUUCCUGCUUGGGGAGAGGAUGGCAGCUGUUCCACAGCAGUGUGCAAAAUGCACAGAUAGCCUCUCCUGCAUAGAUAAUCAUUGCUUAACUAAAACUGCCAAGAACUUACAGGGCUCCUGGAUGAACACAGUCCCAUAAACAGUGGGAGUAUAGCACAGGUAUAUAAGAACUGCAGCAGCAACAACAGAAACCCUCAAUCCACUGACAAAGACCACAAAGCAUUUUCUGAUAUCACAGCCUCACCCUUCUCUCUCAUUACCAAUACUAACGUAUACAGUACCAAAAAUCUCUUUCCCACCACAGCAAAUAGAACAACCUCUGUAAGACUAAAGGAUCACUCACAGAAAUACUGGAUAGUAACAGUGCCCACAAUGCAGACAACAGAACCAAUGUUUCACUCAUGGCUGCAAGGAGAAAACCCUAUUGGGCUCCACUUUCACUGUUCUGUCUAAAAGUUAAACAAGUGUUUAGGAAUUUGACACUUAUCUUUUGUAUUAGAGGUGAAUAGUACAAACUUUACUAGUGCUUCUUGUCUGGGGCUCGGGUGGGUAGGGGUGUGUUGUAAUUUUCAAGCUAUUGCAAAGCUGCUUUUAAAUAAGCUGUCGAGUUGUGUUGACUAACUGGUUUGUGCUUUACAAGGGAAUCCAGGUGAGCCGGGGUUCAAUGGGCAGCCUCCUUGCCUUACAGGGUAACUAGAGCUGAAGUCACUUGUGAAAAUGUAGCUAAGGGAUAGGGAGAUUAGACAGCCCAUCCCUGAUCUGUAAUGUAGUGUCCUGUAAUUAAUGAGAUUAGCCACUCACCUACCGUAGAACCGUGGUUUCGUCAGCAGCUGCUUAGUUUGUCUGCCCCGGUGUGAUAACCUUGGUUGAGAAUGUACUUCUACAGAUUUCAGAUGUCAACCCUCACCCCGUGUUAUCCGGUCUCUGUAUAUAAAUCUUAUUGUCUAAUCCCAAAGGGAAACGUGUAGCACAAUAGGAAGUUAAGGGUGCUGUGCACCGAGCCUGGUGUAAGUUUUUUUUCUGAUCCAGCAGGAGGGGGAUGACAUGGAUCUAACAGCAGGUUUGCCUGAUACAGAGAACAGGAGAGAUUCCUAACAAAUCCUCACUUAGAACUGCCUGAAGCUUUGUUUUUGCAGUUUAAAAUCAUAAGACCUGGUAAUUCCCUUACUGAAACUUGGAAUAUUACCGUAAUUGCAGUGAUUACAUUUGCAAACAGUUCUUUCAGUUUCCCCCCAUUUGUGCACUGAAGUUAUGGGGGGUUGGGAGGAAUAUUUCCAUAUGUGCUUUCCCCUUUUAAUCUACAAAGCAGAUAGAUGCCAUUACUGACCCUCAGACACCUCCCAGCACAUCAGUAAGCAGAACAAGGAGCCUCGCUGGCCAUGCAGCAUCCAUCUACUUGUGUCUAUUUGGGAACAGCCAACCACCAUCACACAACUCGUGAUUGUGGAAAUGCAGCUGCCUCCUCCCACCUCCUACUCAAAUCCAACCCCACUACAACACUGAACUCAGUUUAUAAAUGGGUAUAAGAGCUUCAAAAGCACACAGUUUAAUUUGGAGGAGGCAAAACAUAACGCUGGUCAGUGUAUGGAGACUGAUACAUGACCAGAGCAUCUUCCAUUGCAUUUCCAACUUCCAAAAUUACUGACCGGCCUUCUGGCAAAACGAGGGGCAAAUGCUUUGACCCAAACACAAACUGCAUAAAUACAUACAUCAGUAUUAAUAAUAUUCCUCUGUAAUGAGACCCCUUUUCUCUUCUGCUCCCCUAUUUUUGCGACAAACAGGUUCUGAAAUGUUGGCUAUUGCUCAGUCUGCUGAGCAUCCUUCCCUCCCCCACUUCUCCCCAUGGUUUUAAGUGUGUUUAGAACUGAAAAAGGAGCAGAGGUUUGAACGCUUUCUUUAGUAUGAAGCUGAAGGAGUAGGAAAGAGACAGAAAACAUUAAAUAAAAAGCAUGGCCUUGGCUUCAUACCACACUUUCUGUGCCUUGUUCUAUCGAUGUAAAUUCUGAAUGUUGUACAGUAAAAUACUUGGGAAAGACUCCUAGGAAAAGGCUGCACUGGCUUCUUUUUUCAGCACAUGUACAUAUAUAAAUAUAUAUACAUAUAUAUAUUUGGUAAUGCCAAACAGCUGUGUUAUAUUGUACUGAAGAAGUAAUAAUGGACAGUUUGGAUGUUUUAUGUAGAGUUUGCAAAAAUUGUAUGGCUUUGGCCUUUUGGAAAUAAAUGUACAGACAUAAAUUACUGCAUAUCAGUUAUUUAUGAAUAAAGAGUCUUUUACUGAUAUCUCA